UAACGCCAUGUAUCCACGUGUGCCAUGGCAGAAGAGAAGAGUGUGUCCAUAGUAAGGGAAAACUUGUCGGCUACCCAGCGCUCCGGCUGCUCUGGCCAAGUCAGUUUGUUUUUGAUUCAGCUCAAUGAAUAAUUCGACGACUCAACCUUCCCUGUCGAAAACAAAUAUUGAGGAUUCACUCGAUCCCGGAGGAUCUUCCACGCCAAGUUAUGCCCCUGCCCCGUCCGUGACCGGACCGCUAGCCUCAGCAGUUAUCUCUGGGCAGUUCGGAUGCUGGUUGGCGAUAGCGAUAGCGGUGAAUAUGCUCAUCGACUUCUUGGGGUGGUCGGUUCAGGACCGUCAAGCUAAACGGCGGCCCCAGGCUCCAAAGCACCUCAGGCCCGUUGGAGGUCCCUUUGGCGAUCUUCCAGACUCAUGCCCGGUUGCGGCGAGGACCCUUGUGGCCGAGCAAGAGACAGAUGGACAUAUGGUGUGGCCCGCCGCUUGGCUUAAUUUGAAGCAGGCCUUUGCUAGAUUUGCCAGAAAUCCGGGGCAACUAGACCGGAACAAGGUCCGUAUUUGGGCCUGGUCGCCGUUGGGGGUCUCGGUGCCACUGGCUGGGCCGGGACCCCACGGCUUCCUACCCGAGCCGCCCAAAGUACCAUGUCCACCAGCCAGGCUCCCAAGUCGUCGGAGGUGAAUUGGAGUGUUGGAGAAGGGAACUUCCCAGAGGGACCAGAGGGGAAAGAAGGGCCCGCGGGUACAAUUGGGAACUUCAUGAGCAUCAAACGACAGAUCGCCGGGGUCUCCUCGAUCAACCAGCGAAUAGAUCUGCUCAACUUCCGUCCUUGGACGUCGAUAUUGCGCCA